UAUAAAACACCUCGAUUCACUGGUGUAUCAUUCAGUAAUCAAAAAAUGGUCAUCACAUACUUUGUACUUAGUUCUCUGAUAGGCCUACUUUCUCUCGUUGGAGGCUAUGAAGUAGUGCCGACUAUUGAGGAUGGUAUACCAGAUCAUCUGAAUUUUACAACAGCUCCUUUCGUAAAGAUCGGUCAUGGUUAUUAUUACAUUGAAAUCAACGCACCAAAGAACUGGUUUGAUGCAUCGGAAUCUUGUCAUCGACUGGGCGCCAAGCUGAUAUCCUUCGAAACCAUUCAAGAGUGGGAUCUUAUUAAUCGGUAUCUGUUAAGGAACCAGAUUUAUGAUAUAUACUGGACCUCGGGUGCGGACUUGGCGCAUCAGGGAAAGCAUGGUUGGUUCGAAACUGGUAACCCAAUAACUUUACAAAUUUGGUAUCCGGGGGAACCGAAUAAUCAGGACGGGAAUGAGAAUUGUGACGAGUUGGGAUACCGCGGAAAUUCUGCUAAUUACAACGUCUUAAAUGACAGACCCUGCGAAUAUACCAGGCGGUACAUAUGCGAAAGGUCUUAUCCAAAGACAGCCUCUUUUAUCAUAUGGUAAUUGAAAUGUGUAUUACAACAAUAUUAAAGAAUAAUAAAAUUAAAUGCAAUAAAUCAAA